AUGGUGAAAGGACGUCAAGGCGAGCGUGUUAGGCUUUAUGUGAGGGGCACAAUUCUUGGAUACAAGAGAUCCAAAUCAAACCAGUACCCAAACACAUCUCUGGUCCAAAUCGAAGGAGUUAACACCAAGGAGGAGGUAGCUUGGUAUGCCGGCAAGCGAUUGGCAUAUAUCUACAAGGCCAAGGUGAAGAAGAAUGGAACCCAUUACCGCUGCCUAUGGGGAAAGGUUACAAGGCCUCACGGAAACAGUGGUAUUGUUCGUGCCAAAUUCACAUCAAAUCUUCCUCCCAAAUCAAUGGGAUCAAGGAUAAGAGUAUUUAUGUAUCCCAGGUUUUCAACUCACCACCGAUUCACGCUCCUUCAUCAUCUGCUUAUCCAAUCCGCAGCUUUUCUGCCUCCAAGACCACCAAACAGAACUGUAACACCUCCACACUUCUAUAUCUGCACUACCGGCUACUCCACAACCACCAACCAGACAGUUUCUCGUCAACCAACAAUCGCGCACCUCUCAACAAUUGCACUGCACCCAACUCACCAAUCUGACAAUCAAUUCAUCCGCACCAAGCCUCCGCUACCCGACACCGCCAGAUCCACGACACCAUCCUCUGACCAUAUGCUUUGCCACGGUUCGAUUCUUUACAUUAAGAAAGACCUUGCUUUGCAAACAACUAUGGAAGGGCUUGUGGUGGCCAUGUCGCUAAUUGGAGCUACUGUCAUUACGACUUGCUCUGGUCCCAUCUCAGAUUGGCUUGGUCGGAGACCAAUGUUGAUAAUCUCAUCUGUGAUGUAUUUCUUGGGUAGUUUGGUGAUGUUAUGGUCUCCUAAUGUUUAUGUGUUGUGCUUAGCAAGGCUGCUUGAUGGAUUUGGUAUUGGCCUUGCCGUAACUCUUGUUCCGGUUUAUAUAUCGGAGACUGCUCCCUCCGAUAUAAGGGGGCCGUUGAAUACACUUCCCCAGUUCAGUGGUUCUGGAGGAAUGUUUUUAUCAUAUUGUAUGGUUUUUGUGAUGUCAUUGAGUGCCUCGCCUAGAUGGAGAGUAAUGCUCGGGGUUCUCGCUAUUCCUUCUCUCUUCUUUUUUAUAUUGACAUUAUUCUUCUUGCUCGAGUCUCCUCGAUGGCUCGUGAGUAAAGGAAAGAUGCUAGAAGCUAAAAAGGUUCUCCAACGAUUAUGUGGCCAGGAAGAUGUGUCAGGCGAGAUGGCAUUGCUGGUUGAAGGUCUCGGGAUUGGAGGUGAUGCAUCUAUAGAAGAGUACAUACUCAUGAUAUUUUGCAAACCAAAGAAAUUGUGA